AUGGCGUCCAUCCUCUCACCACACUCAGCCCUCCGCCUGGGGGGCAUCUCAACUCUCUCCCGGCAAACCCUCUUGCGUACCUCCCGUGUUACUCUCACCCAACUCCCAAAAACCGCCCCUCAGCUCCCCCAACGCCGCCACAAAUCCGCCCCUUACGGCUACACCCAAUCCAAGACUCUCGUCUUCCCCCGCUUCGGCGAACCCAUCGACGUGCUCUCCCUACACACCCACUCCAUCUCCCCCACUCUCCCCGACACCGCCGUUCUCCUCCGUACCCUGGCAGCCCCCAUCAACCCAGCCGAUGUGAACACCAUCCAGGGGACGUACGGCGCCAAGCCGACGUUUUCGAAUCUACUGGGCACGGCGGAGCCGGCCGCGGUGCCGGGAAAUGAAGGCGUGUUUGAGGUAGUCAGCGUGGGGAGUGAGAUCGCCAAGCGGGGGGUUUUCAAAAAGGGAGAUUGGGUCAUCCCCUCGUCGUCGGGGUUCGGCACGUUCAGGACGCAUGUGCUUGUGGAGGAGGCGGAGCAGAAGCUGUGGAGGAUCGGCGGGGAGAAGGGGACGGAAGGGCUCACGCCUGUGCAAGUUGCCACGGUCAGUGUUAAUCCGUGUAGUGCGUAUCGUAUGUUGAGGGAUUAUGUCGAUUUGGUGGGGGUAAGUGUGAGGAUGUACCAGGAAGGGGGUUCUGAUGUACGAGGCGGGGCAUGGUUCCUGCAGAACGGGGCGAAUAGCGGGGUAGGGAGGGCGGCGAUACAGUUGGGGAGACUGUGGGGAUUGAGGAGUAUAAAUGUCGUGAGGGAGAGGGCUACGGCCGAGGAAACGGAGGCGUUGAAGAAGGAGUUGUAUGACCUGGGCGCGACGGUGGUUGUUACCGAGUCCGAAUUCUUGGACCGGAGCUUUACGCAACGGUUGAACGAGGAGUGGACUCGUGGAGGAAAAGAACCACUCCUGCUGGCGCUGAACUGCGUGGGAGGGAAGUCAGCGCAGCAAAUCGUGCGCGCGCUGAGCCCCAAGGGCACGAUGGUGACUUAUGGCGGCAUGUCGAGGCAGAGUUUCCCGUUCCCGACGGGGCCACAGAUUUUCAAGAGGUUGCGGUUUGAAGGGUUCUGGCUGAGCGAGUGGGCGAAGGAGAAUCCGGCGGAGAAGAAGAAGUGUGUAGACGAGAUCAUUGAGCUGAUGAGGGAGGGCAAGUUUAAGGAGGCGCCGGUGCAGGAGAUUAGGUGGGACUGGGAGACGGAGGAGAAGGUGCUCAAGGAGGCUGUUCAGGGCACGCUGGAGGGGUUUAGGAGCGGGAAGGGUGUGUUUAUUUUCGGGGACACGUAG